AUGUCAUUUGAAGCACGCUUGUGCCGAGAGAUCGUCGAAGAAGACUUUGGUCCAUUCACAUCGAAAGUCGUUAGCCAACUCUUACUGAAAGGACGUCUCGGCUUGGGUGACAUUGUCCGGUUCACCAAAUUGACCCAACGUCAAGUGCGCGAAAGCCUUGUGGUGCUUAUUCAUCAUGCUCUUGUCCACUUUACCGAGCCAGAGGAGGGUGUACGUGAGCCGACAUUCUAUCAAGCAGACGCUCAAAGUAUCAUGAUGCGGCUGCGGAUCGGUCCUAUCAUGCGGGUCACUGAGGAGCAAUAUGGAAAAGAGGCGCUUAAUAUCAUCAAGCUUAUAUUCACUAAUGGACGUAUGCGACUACCAGCAAUUCAUCAAUGGGUCUCCGAUUUUGACAGCAAACCCAAGACAAAGAAAACAACAUAUACCACAGCAUUCAAACGACUCGCCAUGGCUGGUCUUAUCACAGCUUUACUCCCUGAACACAGCCGAUCGAGCACGGAUAGGCUACUCAUUGCCCAAGAAAAGGAAGCACAAAAGUAUACAAUCACCAGUGCAAAGGAUAUGAAGGCUAUCAAGCAAGCAGCACAGGCACAAAUCGACGCUGAGUAUUCAAUGACAGAAGGCAUUGGCAUGAAACGAAAAGCUGUUGAUGCGUUAGCCGGUGAAGAAAAGCGAAUGGCAGUUGGCAAGGAAGAUGACGUUGAUCAUUUCGACAUUGACAACACCGUCUAUUUCGCCAUCAACUAUGAGAAAUACAACAUGAUUUUCCGGAAUAACACAAUCGUUGAUUUUGCCACCGAACGUAUCAACCGCACUGCAGGCCAGAUUGUAAAGGCGUUCUUAGAGCACGGCAAAAGUAAAAUGAAAAUGAUCAAGGAAGAAGAUUCUCCCUCCGCAUCCCCAAUGCAUAUCGUCAACCUCGUACCAUCCGAAAUGUUGACACAAGGCGAUAUUGUAUUGCAGCCUGACCCAAUGGAUCCUGACAAAAAGCCCUCGUAUCAAGAAGUGGUUAGAGGGUACCUUGCACUCUUAAAGACCGAUCAAGGUGGUUUUAUCAAAUCCAAAGACGAGAUGGGUGCCAAUCAGUUUUCUGUCAACUUUGCCAGACUAAGGAAUACAAUGCGGCGUCGCGUGUUUGAGGGAUUAUUGCGAGACAAAUAUGGUGUAGCCACUUGUCGGAUUGUACGCAUUUUGUUGGAUAAGGGCAAACUAGAGGAAUCACAAGUGCAGAAAUUGGCCAUGUUGCCUGCCAAGGAAACGCGUGAAAAAUUGGGUCUUCUCAAUUCCAAGGGCAUUGUGGAAAUUCAGGAAGUGCCCAAAUCAGCAGAUCGAGCACCUGCACGUACUAUUUAUCUUUGGUAUGUUCCGCUAGAAAAGUGCUAUCAAGAACUAUUGAUGGAUGUAUACCGAGCUAUUGGCAAUCUACAACAACGAAAGCAAGAGGAACUCAAGAUCCGUCAUCGUUUGGUGGAAAAGCUCAGCCGAAGAGAUGUGAUUGAAAACAUGGAUCUUUUGAGUGAUGGUGACAAAGCCGAGAUGGCUCAAAUGAAGAAGGUCCUCGAGCGAUUAGAAGUAUCCAAGAUGCGUUUAGAUCAAAUUGUGAUGAUUUUCAGAGAUUUCUAA